CAGCUAACCAUGUCUUUAAACUCAUCUACACUUUCAAAUGAAGAAAACUCUCAAGGACCAAAAAGAACUACCGAAUGUUUGGAAAGCCUGGAACUGCAGACUCCAUCAUCAUUUCCAGAUAACCCUCUUCAGCAGUUACAGUUAGCAUCCCAGGAGGUGCUGGAAAAGGCAAAGAAGAGUGGGAGAUCAAAAUGCCCCCGAUGCAGUAGUUCAAGGAUGUUUUAUUGUUACACAUGCUUUGUGCCUGUUGAAACUGUCCCCAUCAAAGAAAUUCCAACUGUGAAGUUACCUUUGAAGAUUGACAUUAUCAAACACCCAAACGAGACGGAUGGCAAAAGCACUGCUGUGCAUGCUAAGCUCCUGGCACCUGAUGAUGUCACAAUUUACACAUACCCUUGCAUUCCAGAAUAUGAAGGAAAGAGACACGAAAUAGCACUUGUAUUUCCUGGCCCUGAUUCAGUUUCAGUGAAAGAUAUUGCUUUCCAUCUCCAAAAGCACACUAAGAAAGGUGUCUAUGGUCGUGACGAUGACCGUUGCAGAGAGCCACCUCUUAAGCAAGCAAAAAUAGAACCUAAAGAAGGAAAACAUCCAGAUGAAUGCAUCUCAAGCAGCAGGAGUGAAGGCAGUCAGCUGAAGAAAAUAAUCUUUAUUGACAGUACCUGGAAUCAAACUAACAAGAUAAUAACUGAUGAACGACUUCAAGGGUUGCUGCAAGUUGAGCUGAAGACAAGGAAGACUUGCUUUUGGCGUCAUCAGAAGGGAAAGCCAGAUACUUACCUCUCCACAAUAGAAGCAAUUUAUUAUUUCCUUGUGGACUAUCAUCAGGAGAUUUUGAAAGAGAACUACAAUGGACAAUAUGAUAAUCUGCUUUUUUUCUUUUCAUUUAUGUACACAUUGAUUAAAAAUGCCAAGUGUUGUGCAGGAAAAGAGUAAGGUGUUUGUCUAUAGGU